AUGUCACAUUAUCCGUCAAAUUCUUUAAUGUCACAUUAUCCGUCAAAUUCUUUAAUGUCACAUUAUCUGUCACAUGGGCCACUCUUAUCCCAAGUUAUGGUUCGGUUAUGUUCAAAGUCUAUAAAACUUUCAAACUUUUAUGCAAAGCCAUGCACUAAUAGCUCUACAUUUAGAUCUCAAAUUUCAUUUUUACAGAAUGAAUUCUUCUCAACCAUCUCGGAUUCUAAAUUUUCUACAAUAAAUGAAGAAGAAGUCUUAAAAUUUAGUCAACUUGCUAAAGAAUGGUGGUCACCAAAUGGACCAAUAAAACUGUUGCACAGUAUGAAUCCAUUGAGAGUAUUAUAUAUACGUAGACAAUAUUUGAAAUCUAAACUGGAUGUUAAUUUCAAAUUGAAUAAAAAUUUUAAUGAUUUUAAUGAUGUCGAGAACUUUAAAUUUCCAUUCAAAGGCUUGAGAAUUUUGGAUAUGGGCUGCGGUGGUGGUUUAUUAUCCGAGUCACUAGUCCGAUUAGGGGCGUCAGUAGUUGGAGCAGAUGCAUCUUUAGAAAACAUUCAAAUUGCUAAAAUACAUUCGUUUAAAGAUCCAAUGUUGUAUUCAGGACCCGGAAAUCUUGAAUAUCGAUGUAUAACUGCAGAAAAAUUAUUAGAACAAGAAGAAUCUUUUGAUAUUGUAUGUGCAAUGGAAAUUAUUGAACAUGUAAAUAAUCCUAUGGAAUUUCUGAAAACAUGCACUGGAUUGGUAAAGCCUGGAGGAGGACAUUUAUUCUUAUCAACUAUUUCUCGCACACCACUUUCAUACUUUCUAACAAUCUUACUCGCAGAGAAGGUUUUUAAAAUUAUACCAAGUGGUACUCAUGAUUUUAAUAAUUACAUCAAACCUGAUGAAAUACAAGCAAUUAUUCAAGAAAUUCAAACAAACAAAAACAUUAAUAAUGAAAGAAAUAAUGAAAACAUUUCAAACAUUUCUGGUAUUGUUUCUGAAAAAUGGGGAUUUGUAACAGAUAUAACAGGUAUUGGUCUUAAUCCAAUUACAGGAAAGUGGUUUGAAUUUUAUAAAUGGAUACCAACACGAAUCCAAUUGGAUGUGAAUUAUAUAAUUACAGCAAGAAGAAUAUUAUCUUAA